UUGAAAUGAAUCAGACUCGCCGCCGUCCAAGCAGCGACUGCUGAUCAGAACAAGUAUGAACAUGGAAGUAAAGGGACGCAGAGUGAAGAGCUGAAAAAGAAGAAGAGAGCUGAACACAGGAAGGAGGAAGUCUGAGCGGCACUCUGUUUUUCUGCUGCAGUGUGUGUGUGUGUAUUUAUGUCUGAGUGCGUGUAUUAUGUGUGUGAAGUGAUAUCCUGACCUGGGAGUUGAGGAUCAUGUCUUUGAAACUACCUCGGAACUGGGACUUCAGCACCUUCAAGGCAGAGACGGCUCGGAUAGCUCGGUCCAAGAGCGUGUUCCCCGGAGAGGGAGGCUCCGGCCCGGGCUCGCCACGCUCCCCCAGGUCCAUGGAGCGGCCGCUGAAGGCCGGCUGGCUGAAGAAGCAGCAGAGGUCCCUGGUGAAGAACUGGCAGCAGCGCUACUUCGUGCUGAGGGGGAGCACCCUGACCUAUCACAAAGACGACAAGGAGAGCACCGUGCAGGGUGUCAUCCAGCUACGCUUCAGUAAAGUGAACGAACUCCCCCAGAGCUCCGAUGACCCUGGGAAAUACCUCUUCGAGAUCAUACCACGCACAACCGGAGACAGAGAGCGAUGCCCGUAUGUCUUCAUGGCCAACUCCCAGAGCGACAUGGAGGAGUGGGUCCGCACCCUGCGCAGAGUCAUCGGAGUGCCGACCAGUGGAGUGUUUGGAAAGAGUCUGAUGGACACGGUGACGUACGAGCAGCGCUCCGGCUGCCACAUGGUGCCCAUCCUGGUGCAGAAGUGUGUGGAGUUCAUCAAGGAGCACGGGCUGGACGAGGAGGGGAUCUUCCGCCUGCCCGGUCAGGACAACGCUGUCAAACAGUUCCGAGACGCCUUCGACGCCGGAGAGAGGCCCUCCUUCCCCAGAGACACAGACGUCCACACGGUGGCGUCGCUGCUCAAGCUGUACCUGAGGGAGCUGCCGGAGCCGGUGGUGCCCUGGACGCAGUACCAAGACUUCCUGGACUGCACCAACCUGCUGGACACCAGCAGCCGGGAGGAGGGGUGGAAAAAGUUGGAGAAGCAAAUCUCUCUGCUCCCGAGGAUCAACUACAACCUUCUUAGUUAUGUGUGCCGCUUUUUGUUCGAGGUGCAGCAGCACUCCGCAGUGAACAAGAUGAACGUGGAGAACCUGGCGACGGUGAUGGGGAUCAACCUGCUGAAGCCUCAGAUAGAAGACCCCAUCACUGUUAUGAAAGCCACACCUCAGAUCCAGAAGCUGAUGACGGUGAUGAUCCGGCAGCACGAGGCUCUGUUUCCUGUCUCCAAAGACGUCCUUCCCGCCUCUCCCUCCAAAAAAGCCCAGAGCCAGAAGAAGGCCCCUCGCAGAUUUGUGGGCUGGGAGUCUGCAGAGAUGGGCGAUGCUUCUCUGUCUGAAUCCCCCGAGGAGGAGGAGGACGCCGACAGUCCGGGCCCAGACAGAGGAACCUUCGGCCCCCAGACCUCCCUGCAGGAGCCCCCCUCCUCUUCCGCAGACGACUGGUCUGGGAGCCCCCGAAAACGCACCCAGACCCUCCCCACCUUCAACUGCCCCCUCAGCGGCAUGGCGGCCAAGGCCGAGGCCAUCAGCAGGUGGAGCCGCAUCCAGGAGGUCGGCGAGGAGAAGGGCGGGACUUUCUCCGAGGACAUUUUCAAAAUCCUGGAUCUGCGGAGCUCGGGCUCGUUUUUCGGGAGUUCUCCUCUAACAAAGAGCCAAAAAGAGGAAGAGGACAGGUUGAAGAUGCGCAGGGGAAGUGACAAUACGUGCUGCUCUUCCAGCGGCUUGCAGAAAGCUGGCAGUGACUCGCAGCCCGCCCAGCCCGCCCAGCCGGCCCAGCCCGCCCGGGCGCCGUCCCUUCAGAAGAGUCUAGACACGCCCACGGCGAGCGCCUCGGGUCAGCAGGUCAACAGCAAACCGGACGAGAAGAAAGAGGAGCAGGCGCUGGUGGACAGCCUGCAGAAGGAGAACCGGGAGCUGAAGGCCACCGUGGCAGAGCUGCGGUCCGCGCUGGAGGCAGAGCGCCGCCGUGCGGCCGCCAUGGAGAUCUGCCUGAAGAACGCCGAGCGCAGCAGGGACGAGGCCCAGAGACGCAACGACGAGCUGCAAAGAGACGUUCAGCAGUUUCUCACCAAAGGGAAACAAGGCCCCGCCUAACCGUCCUCCUCCGACUCACUCCUACGAGAAUCUUUGAAGCUUCACAUCAGCAGCUGAUGGAAAACACCUCCAGGGACGCUGGACCGUUUCCAGCGUGUUCAGUUCUGAGGUUAUAAAUUAUUGGCUCAUUUGUAUGUGUGUGCUAAAAAGGUCUGUCAGAAAGGAACAUCUAACACCAGCGUUGGGAUGAGAAACUUUAAGAACAAGUGUGUCAUUUCACUGUGGAUGAACUGCUUUAGCGUUGCUGUCAUUCAGGAUGUGGCGAGAGCCUCACCGGAAGAGACCAGAUUCUUUACAUUAACCGUUCAGGAUGUUAGAUCGGAAUGAGUCGGAGAUUUGUGUGAGCGCCACAGAAGGCCGCUGCAACCUGGCUGCUCUCCAUUUGGCCGUCCGUUGCCACGCAGACUCCGGUUUCCCACGCUCAAGGUCAGGAAUUGACCCGACGCACCAGCGGCGAGGACAAAACCUCCGGUCAGGAUUACGAGAGUAUAUUAUUAUCGGUGGACGAUGGUCUGCAAAUACUGUGUGUCAGCGAUGAAUCAAUAAAUCUGCAGACAUUUUCAAGUGUUUUUCUUUUCCAGCACAUUACUGAUGUCGGCUUGAGCUAUGAAACAUCUCGACACAGGUGAACAGAUUACAUAACGGAGCCAAAAACUGCUUAAUGAGGAAAAGGAUGAAAUCUUAUUUUCUUGGUCCUUUUUGCAGUCUGAAGCAAUAAUA